ACAUCACACGGCGAGACGGACAAAAAGCGGCGUACUUCACCGCGGCGCACAUCUCGUCACUCUCCUCCGCUUCCUCUUCCGUCUCCACCACCCACCGCCACUUAGGGUUCCGUUCCUCCCCUGGGUCACUGAUCGUCCUCGCCCAUGGCCUGCAUCAAGAGCGCGCCGCGGUCGGCGCUCGUCGCCUUCGCGCCUGACGCGCCCUACCUCGCCGCCGGAACCAUGGCUGGCGCCGUGGACCUCUCCUUCAGCUCCACGGCCAACCUCGAGAUCUUCAAGCUCGACUUCCAGUCCGACGCACACGACCUCCCCGUCGCCGGCGCCUGCCCUAGCGACGAGCGCUUCAACCGCCUCUCCUGGGGAAAACCCCCCGGAUCCUCUUCUGAGGAGUUCUCUCUCGGCCUUGUGGCCGGCGGCCUCUCCGAUGGCAGCAUCGGCAUCUGGAAUCCCCUCAAGAUCAUCAGUUCUGAGGAUCUAAAUGAUUCUUCUGUUGCGAAGCUUGCGAAGCAUGUGGGACCGGUUCGUGGUUUGGAGUUCAGCACUCUGUCACCAAAUCUGCUUGCUUCUGGGGCUGAUGGAGGGGAGCUUUGCAUCUGGGACCUGGCAAAGCCUUCAGAACCAAAAUUUUUCCCAUCUCUCAGGAGUGUUGGCUCUGGAGCUCAAACUGAAGUUUCCUUUGUUUCUUGGAACCCCAAGGUUCAAUAUAUAUUAUCAUCCACAUCUUAUAAUGGGAUAACAGUUGUUUGGGAUCUGAGGCAGCAGAAACCCCUCACAAACUUUGUGGAUUCGAAUAGAAGGAGGUGCUCUGUCUUGCAGUGGAACCCUGAUGUUUCAACUGAGUUGAUUGUUGCUUCAGAUGAUGAUAGUUCACCUUCUCUUAGAGUUUGGGAUGUGAGGCAAUCAUUAUUACCAGCAAGAGAGUUUGUGGGGCACACAAAAGGUGUGAUAGCUAUGUCAUGGUGUCCCUGUGACAGUUCAUUUCUUCUUACCUGUGCCAAGGACAAUAGGACAAUUUGCUGGGACACAACUACUGGGGAGAUGGUAUGUGAAUUGCCUGCUAGCACCAACUGGAAUUUUGAUAUUCAUUGGUACCCUAAAAUUCCAGGAGUUAUAUCAGCAUCCUCUUUUGAUGUCAAAGUGGGAAUAUACAAUAUAGAGGUUUGCAGUAAGCAUGCAGCUGUAGAGGGUGAAUUUGGUACUCCAGUACGUUUGAGAGCUCCAAAGUGGCUUAGAUGUCCAGUGGGUGUCUCUUUUGGUUUUGGUGGCAAGCUUAUAUCAUUUCAGCCUUGCCAGUCAACACCAGAAGAUCGAUUACCUGCUUCAGAGGUAUUCAUGCAUAAUUUAGUCACUGAACAUAGCUUGGUUAGCCGCUCCACUGAAUUUGAAGCUGCAAUACAAAAUGGGGAAAAAUCUUCGCUCUGUGCUUUAUGCGAACAGAAGUCACAUGAUUCUAUAUCUAAAGAUGACAGAGAAACAUGGGGCUUCUUGAAGAUUAUGUUUGAGGAAGAGGGAACAGCUAGGACUAAGUUGCUUUCUUAUCUUGGUUUCACUGUGCCAGAGGAGUGUAGUGAUAUAUACAGUGACCUUGAUAAUUUGGGAAAAGGCCUAGAAAACACACUUAGUCUUGAUACAAGAUCAUCGGUUGAAGUUGAUGGGAGUACAUACUCUAUUGACAAUGGAGAAGAAUUCUUUAACAAUCCUCAAAUUAGUAAGGAUAGUUCAGCUUAUGAAGAGAAGAGCGUUCCUAAUGUGGAGAAGGCUCAGAAAGAACCCGAAGAACCUUCAAGGAGUUAUGAUCUGUCAUUUGAUGACAGUAUUCAACAUGCCUUGGUUGUUGGAGACUAUAAGGGAGCAGUUUUACGGUGCAUCACUGCAGACAGAAUGGCCGAUGCAUUAGUAAUUGCACAUGCUGGUGGUUCCUCAUUAUGGGAGAGUACAAGAGAUCAGUAUCUUAAGAAUAGUCUCGCACCCUAUUUAAAGGUUGUAUCUGCACUGGUGAGGAAUGAUCUCAUGGCUCUGAUUAAUACCAGACCUCUGAAAUCAUGGAAGGAAACUCUUGCUCUUCUUUGCACAUUUGCACAGAAAGAGGAAUGGACUGUUUUAUGUGACAGUCUGGCUUCGAGACUUAUGGCCGUCGGAAAUAUGCUUGCUGCAACUCUCUGCUAUAUAUGUGCUGGAAAUAUGGACAGAACCGUGGAGAUAUGGUCACACAGCCUGAAGCUCGACUCUAGAGGAAAGACUUAUAUAGAUCUUCUUCAGGAUUUAAUGGAGAAGACAAUUGUCCUCGCCCUUGCAACGGAACAUAAGCAGUUUAGUGCAUCUUUGUCGAAACUUGUGGAGAACUAUGCUGAACUACUAGCUAAUCAGGGGCUUCUCACCACUGCAAUGAAGUAUUUAAAACUAUUGGGAUCUGAAGAAUCAUCAAAUGAGCUUGCUAUAUUGAGAGAGAGAAUUUCUAUCUCUGCUGAAGAAAGGGAUGUGCCGAAAAGUCUGCCUUAUCGAAGUGGUGCAUCACACACUGAAUCUUUAUAUGGUGCAGAUCAAUCUGGUUAUGGAGUGGAUUAUUCACAGAAUUAUUAUGAGGAUAAGAACCUUUCCCAACCACUACUCCAAUUACAUCAGAAUGUUGCUGACACUUCACGUGCUGAGGGCUUUCACCAAGUUCCUGGUUCUGCUUAUGGGGGAAAUCAACUUGUGCAACAGAAACCACAGGUCCCUGAUUUUAGCAACCAGAGGUUAUUUCAUCCAUCACAGCCAUCUCAAAAUUUUAUACUAUCACAUACGAGCCAGAUUUCACAGCAAGCUUUCACUUCACCUGCUACAAUGGCACAGCCAACAAUGAAACCCUUUUCUCCUGCAACUCCUGCGGCUCUCAGAAAUGUUGAACGCUAUCAGCAGCCCAGCUUGGGUUCUCAGCUAUAUCCGGGAGCUGCCAAUCCUCUCUAUCAACAUGGACCUCCCAUUCCUUCUCCACAAGAUGGUGGUGCAUCUCAGCCAGCAUUUGUUACUGGGCAAAGGUUUGCACAACCCAUCUCAACUACAACAGCACCAAGGGGUUUCAUGCCUGUUUAUAAUCCAAAUUUUGCUCAGAGGCCUAGUAUAAGUCCUGUGCAUCCGUUAAGCCCAACAAAAUCAUCAGAAGCACGGCCUGUGGGUGUUCCUCCAACCACUCCGCCUACAGUGCAAACAGUUGAUACAUCAAAUGUUCCUGCUGAAUGGAAGCUUGUCAUUGCUACCUUAACGAGACUAUACAACGAGACAUCAGCAGCUCUUGGAGGAUCUAAUGCAAAUCCAUCUAAAAAGAGGGAAAUUGAGGAUAACUCGAGGAAAAUUGGGGCCUUGUUUGCAAAACUUAACAGUGGGGACAUUUCUCCAAAUGCUGCUGCUAAGCUUGUCCAACUUUGCCAGGCUUUGGAUGCUGGAGACUUCGCUGGUGCAUUACGUAUCCAGGUGGUGUUGACAACAAGUGAUUGGGAUGAGUGCAAUUUCUGGCUCGCUGCAUUGAAGCGAAUGAUCAAGACGAGGCAGACUGUUAGAUUAUAAGGGAUGUGAUGAGGCAUUCUUUCUCUUGGGCUAUAGUGUACAUUGGUUUUCCUUAUAGUUGACAUCAUUAUUUGUAGAUCAAUAACCUUUCGCAUAUGCAUCUUCGAUAGAGCAGCAGCUAAGGUCUCCCAUCAAAAUGGGCUAGGGUAUAUUUCGAGAAUCAGGUUUGAUGAUGUUCUCAAUAAUGUUAUAUGGUGUGGAUAUUUUCAUAUUUAUGGCAUUUGUUCUACAGUUUCUAAUA